GGCAACCAAUCAAAAACUUAAAAGAGCCAGCCCGGGCCCGCGCUGAGCAGCAGCUCUCUAUUUACAUGUAAACCUAGGCGGCAGGACCCGGUUAACCCUUCCCGGGACUGAAGUGUCAAUGGGUUGCGCUGGCCGCUCCGGCUGAAACUGGUUCUUUCUGCGUACCGGACCCUCCGACGCCACCUGGUGCGGACACAGGCCUCGCGGGGGCGGGGGGGGUCUCCAUUCCACCUCGUGACUCGGGGUAGAGGCUCCGAAGUGUCCGGCCAACUUUCCCGAGGCCGGGGGCGACUCGAAGCCGGGUGCCUCCAUGGCCGUGACAGCGCCACGCGGGACGUGAGCGUGCACAGGGCCGGCCUCCCCGCAGCCCCGCUCGGCCUGGCCCGCAGAUGUCGCUGCCUCUCCGGCUGCCCUACUGCUCUCCUGCCCGGAGGCUGCGCGCCGUGCUCCUGUUUCCCUACUUCCGUGCCCCGGUCACUCCCCCGCCGUCCCCAGCCUGUUCGCAGGAGCCCGACUCCGAACCCGAAAGUGGCACCCCGGAGAGCUACGCGAAGGAGGAGGCUUGGCUCCCCUCCAGUGGCCACUGGGGGCGCGUGGGCGCCAUCCCGCAGGGCUGGGCGUGGCCGGGCCAACCGAGUGUCCAGCAAGCGCCACAGCCCCGGCACCGGCACCCACCCCCGCCCACCGUGGCCCGGGCGCCUCCCUCUGCCUCCUCCCAGAUCGCGGUGUCUUUUCGCUCGCAGUCCAUCCGCCCCACUGUGCUGGGCCGUCGUCCCUUGGUGGCGCAGGGCCCUCGGCGAACUAAGGACCGCCAGCUUGGAACUGCAAGCGCGAAGGACGUCGAGUUUAGGGUGAACAGCCAGAAUGAGCGGCGCUUGAGGAGCGUGGAGGAGCCUACGCCUGGUCUCCCGGUUCCCCGAUCUUUGGCCAUCAGAGGGGUCCCUGGUUACAGCCUGUAUCCAGGGAAGAGAAAUGGGAAACUGAGCAAGUCUGCCAGUGCCUCGCCAGAAAAAUAUCAGAGAACCUGCAGAAGAGUGACCCUGGAAUUCAAAGGAGUGGAAAAGCUUAGAUGAACUAUGACGAAGAUGGAUCAAAGAAUCCUGAAGCAAUAGAGCUUUUUAUACCUCCCUACCCCCUCCUAGCUCAGAGAAGAAGACCAAAAUGUGAAGUAAUUGAAGUGGAAUAAAACAUUAUCUGCUCUGUGGAAGGUUCAGCUGUCCUUACCAACGGAAAGUGUUCGAAGGCAUGCUUUAGACCCCAAACAUUCUUUUGCCACUGAAUUAAGUGUCGAUCUAGAAUCAGAAGGUUCGAUCUAGAAUCAGAACCCUCACCUUGGCUGGCCCUCUAUGGACUGAUCUCCCUUGAGUGCACACUGGUGUUGCCAAAAAGAUUUUUGUGUAGCCCUUUUUUACACAAAUACCCACACACGCACCCCUGAAAGUCAGCUCAUGAGUGUCCAGGACACACCGUUUAGUCCUUAGAUCUUUGAGAACCAGCAGGGUCAGGAUAGCGAGAUAGGCAUUAUGUACUUUUCAUAGAGGCCAGAAAAGAAGUUUCCAGACUUUGUAGGUAUACAAACUUUGUAGGCUGUCUGGGACUAUCUGAGUACAGUUAUUGGAGGGGGUGGGGUGGGGGUCCA